UUGGAGACACCUGGGGGUUAAUGAUUGCACGGCUGCAGUUAGAGUAUAAAACAGGCAGGAUACCACUUCUAGCUUACCUUCACCGUCUGUCACCAUGUCUUUCUCUGGAAAAUACCAGCUGGAGUCUCAGGAGGGCUUUGAGCCUUUCAUGAAGGCCAUCGGUCUCCCUGAUGAGCUCAUCCAGAAAGGCAAAGACAUAAAGAGCGUCUCUGAAAUUGAGGAGAGCGGUGACAACUUCAAAGUGACGGUCACAACCGGCACAAAGGUCCUCACUAACUCCUUUGUCAUCGGUCAGGAGGCCGACAUUGAGACAAUCACUGGGGAGAGGAUCAAGGCUGUUGUAAGGCGUGAAGAUGGCAAGCUGAAGGUCUCCCUCAAGGGAAUUGAGUCAGUCACAGAACUGGUGGAUGGGAACACGAUUGUCAAUACAAUGACUCUUGGUAAUAUUGUAUACAAGAGGAUCAGCAAACGCGUCUAAAUGUCUGCACUUGGGAUAAUAAAAAGUUUAAAAAUGCA